AUUAUAGCCGCGACUACCACGGCAUACGUAACGGCCGUUGUCACAAAAAUGCAAGCACAAGCUCUUAACGCACGCGUGCGCUCUGGCGUGGCGCUUACACGCUCAGCAACGCGUGGCACCCGCGCUGCGUUCACGCGCCCGGUCGUGACGGUCGCGGCUUCCCGCUCCAACUGGCGGGAGGAGAUCGAGAAGUCCACCAGUGGCGGCAGCAGCCCGGUGGGGACCGUCACAACAGAGCCCCCUCCCAGCACCACCACCACUACCACUACAUCCCACAGCACCAACAGCACCAUUAACACCAACAGCACCCACAGCAGCAGCAGCAGCGCCCCGUCGCCACUGGCGGCGGCGGCGGGUGCCGCCAACGGCCUGCUGACGUCACUGAAGGCUCAGCAGCAGCAGGUGGCGGCGGCGCUGGCGAGCGUGGCUGAGUCAGCUUUGCGCCCGGCCGCCGCCGCGCGGGCGGCGGCGCCAGCGCCCGAGGACCGUCAGGAGCCUGUGUCCAUCCCCACCUUUGACCUGAUGGAGUACCUGGCUGACUCCAAGCACCAGGCCGCGGCCUUCACUGUGCUUGCCGCCAUGUCGGCUGUGCUGUCCGUGCUGUGCACCGUGGAGCCGGAGGCGGUGCUGGAGGCAGCCAUCCCCGGGGCUGACAUCAGCGAUCUGGAUGUGACGUUCACUCGCAUCAUCGGCGUCACACUGGCAGCCAGUGCGUCGGUGGAGUACAGCCUCAAGCACGCCGCCGAGUCCCAGCUGCUCAAGUCCGCCACCUACCAGCGCCUCAUGGCGGGCUGCGCGGUCAAGUCCGCCGGCUUCCUGGCGGUGCUGCUGGCAAACAUACCCGCCACAUUCGAGCUGUGGGAUGGUGUGGCCUGGCUGGCCUACGUCAUCACGGCUGUGGGCGCCGGAGCAGUCAACCUGGCGGUCAUCACCAACUCCAGCGGCAAGGGCCUGGCUGUGCCACCCCUGGACCUGACGCCGCCCGCCAACGCCUCCGCCUGGGGCUACACAGCCUGCGGGGCGCUGUACCUGGCCACGGUGGCCGCCUGCUUCGCGCCAGAGACGCUGUUCAUCGGCGACCCCUACUCCGACAUCACCCCGCUGGUCAAGGGCGUGUGGGCUCCCGGCUUCCUGCUGGCCGCAGUCAUGUCGUACGUGCUCAAGGACGCCGCCGACCGCAACCGCCUGGGCGCCUCCACAUUCAAGAACCUCAACCUGGGCCUGGCCGCACUGGAGUACGGCUACUCGGUCAUCUUUGGCAGCGCCAUCCUGUCCGACCAGGUGGACAUGGACGGCGCCUCGCUGUCCAACCUGGCCGGCAGCCUGGUCAUCGCCACCUUCUGCCUCUACACCUACGCCACAGCCAAGAAGUGAGCGGCGGCGCUGGAGUGGCGAUGGUGCAGUGCGGCCCGGUGUGGUGUGACGUACAGCCGCAGUUUUAACACAGCUGUUGAACCUACCCAGCGCCCGUUGAGGGCUUGGUGAGGGCUUGCCAAGUGCCUGAAGACAGGGGUGGGUGCCUCAAGAGCGCCUGGUGAGUGCCUGCGUUGGCGUUGAGCGAGGGUCCUGAAGGUUGCAUCAGAGCGGCGAGCCAGUGGCAGGGCGGAGGCUGCCGUGCCUAGGGCACGACAGAGGUUUUGAAUGACUCUGGUAAUGGUGGGAUAUUGACAUUUUGGAGGGAUGACACUCGGAUCGAACAGUAGCAUAAGUGGGGCUUGAUGAUUGAGUGGAAAGUUUGAGGCUAGUUGUGUCGGGGGGCUUGCAACGCCAGAACUCACCAGCAAUGGCCCCUUGGGUAGUGUCGUUUGCAGGGUGUCUGCCAGGGCACGCGGAGGGACGCAGCAGAAGGCGUGCAGAAUGCGUAGGCAGUCGCGACUGCGCGACCAAGGUGGAUAUAGGCAUGGAGAGAUUGCAUGAGGGACCUGUUGCGUAGGGAGCGGCUCUCGUGCACGCUGCUUCUUAUGUUAUUACUUGUCCUGCUGUGGGUUGACCAUACCGUAUAUUGUACAGCUAGCGCAGGGAUACCGGUGCGCUGGCGACGUAGACGUUUCGGUGAGGAGUCGAACGUGGUGUGGCGCGUGUGCUUCUUGGUGUACCUCGAAUGAAGACGAGAGACAACGUGAGCGGUGAGCUAUACCGUUGUGUUUUACGUAGAGCAUCCUACAUGCAGUAAGGAGGUAGCAGUUGUAUGCAGGUUCAUGAGAAAGGGAGAGAUGCGCAAGGCAAGAGAGCGGAUGGAGAGAGGGUUUUGCCGGAACACAGCAUGCUUUAAAAGUGCGCGCGUCUUUUGCUCGCGUACUGAUAGGUGUAGAGCAUGCAUGCACUUGUGAGCACAAAUGUGUCCGUGGUUGGGCAUAUUGCUGGGAGUUCACACGUGAGCAGGAGUAAAUGCAAGAGGUGUGACGGUGUCGGGAAGUUUGG